AUGUGUGCCGGUGAUGAUGAUGAUGAUGAUGAUGAUGAUGAUGAUGAUGAUGAUGAUGAUGAUGAUGAUGAUGAUGAUGAUGAUGAUGAUGAUGAUGAUGAUGAUGAUGAUGAUGAUGAUGAUGAUGAUGAUGAUGAUGAUGAUGAUGAUGAUGAUGAUGAUGAUGAUGAUAAUGGUGAUGUCGGCGGCGGCGGCGGCGGCGGCGACGACGACAACGGCGAUGAGCAAUAUUCGGCGUAUUCAUUGGGACUGGUUGUUCACAACCUGCCCGUUUAG